CUUUUCUUUUGUACAGUGUUAGUGGCUGGCGCUGCCUCUUCAAUCUUCACCGGCGAAGUGGAGUCCGACCGGAGAAGAUGGGUCUACAGGUCUACUGCUAGCACCUUUUUCUUAAACAAACUUUAUGAAGUACGAAAUAAUUGAAAAAAUCUGGGCGGCUGGCUUCCAAUUCCCAAAUAUUGCCCUGCUCUCACACUGCAACUCAAAGUGCCCAACCUACCACUCUUGCAGCGGCCACUUAUCUCCCACUCAACGAGUGCUUUAUUUCACAAAAAAAUAAAUUCUUUCUUCCACAAUUCCAUGUCCGUCCCGUGAUUCCAACUUUUUGCCUCCAUCUUCCCCCCUCUUCAUCUUCUCCAGUAAACGACACAAUCCCUCCUAUCUCGUGAAGACUUCUCAGCGAUUCCUCAUCUUUUUAAAUCCGUUUGUAAAAUGGAGCCACUCCGACUCCAAUGGCUAGACCCACUUCAAUGGCAGAAACCAACUCGCCUUUCUCUGCGCUCAGUGUUGUACUCCUUUCCCUUCUGCUCCCCUUUCUGGGUUCUGCUCUUACUGCUGGUGGCUCGAUUCGGUCUCCAUUUCCUCGGCAAUAUCAGAGCAAAUAUGGAGGGGUUGCUGCUGCUGUGGGGGCUAACAACAUAAUACUGAAUCCAAGGUUUGAGGAUGGACUCAAGAAUUGGUCUGCAAAAGGUUGCAGGAUCGAGUUACAUGAAUCAAUGGCUGACGGGAAAAUCGUGCCUCAAUUGGGGAAACUCUUUGUUUCAGCAACAGAUCGUACUGAAGCAUGGAAUGGCAUUGAGCAAGAGCUCACUGGACGUGUACAGCGAGAGGUUGCUUAUGGGGUUACUGCUAUAGCUCGGAUAUAUGGCAACGUCACUGCUGCUACUUUGCAGCUCACUCUGUGGGUUCAAGAGCAAGACCGUCGUGAAGAGUAUAUAUCUAUUGCCAGCUUGCAGGUAUCAGACAAAGACUGGGUGCAAUUGCAAGGAGAGUUCCUUCUUAAUGGCUUCCCGUCAAGAGUGAUUAUAUACUUCGAAGGUCCACCAGCAGGCACUGAUAUUCUUAUCAAUAGUUUGGUUGUUCAGCAUGCUGCCAAAAUGCCUUCGUCAGCCCGCCCAGUUUUCCAGGAUCCACCAUUUGAUGUGAAUGUGAUUGAGAACAGCAAUCUCGAUGAUGGCACAACUGCUGGCUGGUUUGCACUAGGCAAUUGCUUACUGACUGUGGAAAGAGGUUCCCCGUAUGUUCUCCCUCCAAUGGCAAGAGAUUCACUUGGUCCUCACGAGUCAUUGAGCAGUCAGUACAUGCGAGUAACCAACCGAACCGAGUCUUGGAUGGGUCCUGCACAGAUAGUGACCGACAAACUGAGAGUGUACUUGACGUAUCAAGUAUCAGCAUGGGUUCGAAUCAGUCAUGGAGGCACAACUGGUCCUCAGUUUGUGAAUGCUGCACUGGGAGUUGAUGGGCAGUGGAUCAAUGGCGGUGAAGUUGAAGUGAACGAUGGAAACUGGCAUGAAAUUGGAGGGUCUUUCAGGCUUGAGAAGCAGCCGUCUAAUGCUAUGGUUUAUGUCCAAGGACCUGCAUCAGGUGUUGACUUAAUGGUUGCUGGGCUUCAGAUUUUCGCUGUCAACAGGAAGGCAAGGUUUAGUUAUUUGAGGAAGCAAGCUGAUAAGAUACGCAAACGGGAUGUCGUUUUGAAAUUCUCAGGAUCUGGUCUCAGCAACAGUUCUGUUAGCGUGAAGCAGACGCAAAAUAGUUUUCCUCUGGGUUCUUGUAUCACUAGAACAAGCCUGGACAAUGAAAAUUUUGUCAAGUUCUUGACAGACAAUUUCAACUGGGCUGUGUUCGAAAACGAGAUGAAGUGGUCAUGGACAGAACCUCAACAAGGUACCUUCAAUUACAAGGAAGCGGACGAGAUGUUAGACUUCUGCAAAACCCACAACCUGAAAGUCCGAGGUCACUGCAUCUUCUGGGAAAUGGAGUACGCAAUCCAAUCAUGGGUUCGAUCGCUCAAUGAAACUAGCUUAACCAAUGCUGUUGAGAACCGACUUUAUAACCUUCUCACACGGUACAAGGGGAAGUUCGAUCACUAUGAUGUAAACAACGAGAUGCUCCACGGAUCUUUCUACCAGGGGAGAUUGGGUUAUGAUAUUAGAGCCCACAUGUUCAGAACUGCCCACCAGCUCGACCCAUCCGCAGCCCUUUUUGUUAACGACUAUCACAUUGAGGAUGGAAGUGACGUUGGUUCAACGCCAGAGAAGUACAUCAAACAAGUCCUCGACCUUCGAGAGCAAGGCGCACAAAUUGGAGGGAUUGGUGUUCAGGGGCACAUCGAAGUUCCAGUUGGGUCUAUUGUUUCUUCUGCCUUUGAUAAACUUGGCACUCUUGGACUGCCCGUAUGGAUAACUGAACUUGAUGUGUCUUCCGCCAAUGAGUUUAUCAGAGCCGAAGAUUUGGAAGUAAUGCUUCGUGAAGCUUUUGCUCAUCCUGCUGUGGAAGGUGUGGUUCUCUGGGGAUUUUGGGAGCUGUACAUGUCAAGGAAGAAUGCACAUUUGGUGAAUGCAAAUGGCAAGAUCAACCAAGCGGGGAAAAGGUUUCUGUCUCUUAAAAAAGAAUGGCUGUCUCAGGCCAAUGGCGGGAUUACCGAGCAGGGAGAGUUCAAAUUCAGAGGCUUUCAUGGGACUUACGACGUUGAGAUUGUGUCGUCGUCGUCACAGAGAAUAAGCAAAACAUUCAUUAUCGAUAAAGGGUAUUCCCCACUGGUAGUGUCCAUCGACCUAAUGUGAUUAAAGUUUGAAACUUUGUUGUUUCUGUUUCAAGGAAAUUUUUCAGAGAAGACUUAUAAACUUCAUCUACUGUUAUGUUUCCUGUGUGGGGGGAAGGGUGGGAUAUUGAACGCCCAUCUUCCGCCACCUAACUUCAGUUUAUAAAAUUCAACUAAAUUUAAACAUCUCAGUCUUGGAACCAAAGCCUUCUGAGAAUUGGGAUAUUUGAGUGGGGAAGAAAGAAGAUGGAGGAGGAUACCUUAAUACCCUAUGGGCUUAUAGCCUAUAAGCCUUCUAUUCCAAUUCAAGUAUCUCCAAUCCUGCAAGACAAAGGCAAUUGCAGUACACGAGAAGUUUGCCGUUCCGGAUGAAGACAGCAAUGUAAAAGAACUGUGGAUAAAUGGGUUCAUUUCUUUCAUUCUGUUUGGGUCGGAAUUGGAAGGGAAGCAAGCUAGUUGAUUUGCAUUAACUAAUUUCAGUUUCCUUCUUUUGUUUUUGGAUGAACACUUUGCUGCGUCAAGCUAACGGCUUUUCCCCCAUUUUUCUAUUUCCUUUUUCUCUCUUUUCUGUUUGAAGGGAUGUGAUUGGCUGCUGGGUCACUAGACGCGGGUAGUUGGAGCCGAGGUUUUCGUAGAGUUUACUUGAACGAACGCAACUGCAAGCAAAGACAAUUCAACUUGUUUCACGGAAACUGGAAAAGUCCGCCAAAUAAGGGACGCCCUGUUUUCGAAAGCGGCGGGAAGGGUAUAAAAAUGAGGAGGAUCUCAGUCUGCUGCUUCACCGGUCAAGCGGCUAAUACUAAUCGCCGGAAGAAGAAGCAAAUUCAGGAAUCCAAACCAUCAACGGAAAACAGAAUGGAGCAACCCCAGAUGACGAACGAUAGCAAUGGCGCUGGCAAUUCGGAGACUGUGGGUGAUAGUAUGGGUAAUUCAAACAGCAGCAACAGCAAAACAAACAUCAUCGUAAACCAUGACUUCUCUCAAGGGCUUCAAUCCUGGCACCCAAAUUCUUGUGAAGGAUUUGUGGUUUCAUCCGACUCGGACAACCCAGGGCUUCUUGCAAGACUAGUUGGCGGUUAUGCAGUUGUUUCAAACCGGAAAGAAAGCUGGCAGGGUCUUGAGCAGGAUAUCACUGCUAGGGUUUCUCCCUGUGUAACUUACUCAGUAUCUGCUAUUGUUGGUGUAUCGGGUCACAUUCAGGGAUCAGCAGAGGUUAUUGCAACUAUGAAGCUCGAACAACAAGGCUCAGGAACCCAAUACUUGCGUGUUGGAAAAUCUACCGUAUCGAAGGGUCAGCUUGAAAAGUUGGAAGGCGACUUCUGUUUGUCAACUAUGCCUGACCGGGUGGUCUUCUAUAUCGAAGGACCUUCUGCAGGAGCUGACAUACUUAUAGCAUCAGUGAUCAUUUUCUGUUCUAAGCAAGGAAAUGACAAUGAUGUAAGCAGCAGCAGCUCAACUAAUGUGAUACUAAACCAUGACUUCUCUCAAGGGCUGCAGUCAUGGCACACAAAUCAAUGUGAUGGCCAUGUGGUUUCCUUAGACUUGGGUCAUCCAAGACAUCUAGCCAAUGAAGUCGGUUCUUAUGCAGUUGUAUCAAAUAGAACAGAAAGAUGGCAGGGCCUUGAACAAGAUAUCACGAGCAAGGUUUCCCCUGGCUUAACAUACUCAGUUUCCGCCCUUGUUGGAAUCUCUGGGCCUACUGAAGGGUCAUCUGAGGAGGCCCUAGCAACUUUGAAACUCGAACACACUGGUUCAGGAGCAAACUAUAUGCUUGUUGGAAAAACUUCUACGUCCAAGGGGAAAUGGAACAAGUUGGAAGGAACAUUCUCACUUUCGACUAUCCCUGACCGUGUAUUCUUGUACUUAGAAGGACCUUCUCCCGGAGUGAACCUCCUGAUAAAAUCUGUCGUCAUCUGCAAUCCUGAUUGCAGCAAGCCCAAGGACUCAUUUUGUGGGAGCGCUGCAAAGGACGAUGAGAACCUCAUUGUGAAUCAUAACUUUGAGGAUGGUUCCAAUAACUGGUCUGGAAGAGGGUGCAAGAUCGCUGUACAGAAUUCUGCAGCAGAUGGGAAGAUUGUGCCUCAGAGCGGUAAAGUGUUUGCAGUAGCAACAGGACGAACGCAGAACUGGCAUGGAAUUCAGCAGGAGAUAACUGGGAGAGUUCAAAGGAAGCUUGCUUAUGAGGUGACUGCUGUAGUUCGAAUUUAUGGUAACAACGUCACAAGUGCUGAUGUCCGAGCUACACUGUGGGUCAAAAAUCCUGAUAAUAGGGAACAAUAUAUUGGGAUUGCCAAAUUGCAGGCAAAAGACUCGGAAUGGGUGCAGCUGCAGGGCAAGUUCCUUCUGAAUGGCUCUCCUAACAAGAUAGUUGUUUAUCUAGAAGGUCCACCUCCAGGGACUGAUCUUCUCGUAAACAGCUUCACACUUAAACAUGCCACGAAAGUCCCUCCAUCGCCACUUCCCAUAAUCGAGGACUCAUUUUGUGGGAGCGCUGCAAAGGACGAUGAGAACCUCAUUGUGAAUCCUAACUUUGAGGAUGGUUCCAAUAACUGGUCUGGAAGAGGGUGCAAGAUCGCUGUACAGAAUUCUGCAGCAGAUGGGAAGAUUGUGCCUCAGAGCGGUAAAGUGUUUGCAGUAGCAACAGGACGAACGCAGAACUGGCAUGGAAUUCAGCAGGAGAUAACUGGGAGAGUUCAAAGGAAGCUUGCUUAUGAGGUGACUGCUGUAGUUCGAAUUUAUGGUAACAACGUCACAAGUGCUGAUGUCCGAGCUACAUUGUGGGUCAAAAAUCCUGAUAAUAGGGAACAAUAUAUUGGGAUUGCCAAUUUGCAGGCAAAAGACUCGGAAUGGGUGCAGCUGCAGGGCAAGUUCCUUCUGAAUGGCUCUCCUAACAAGAUAGUUGUUUAUCUAGAAGGUCCACCUCCAGGGACUGAUCUUCUCGUAAACAGCUUCACACUUAAACAUGCCACGAAAGUCCCUCCAUCGCCACUUCCCAUAAUCGAGAACCCUGCAUUUGGUGUCAACAUACUUCAGAACAGCAAUCUGAGCGAUGCAACCAAUGGGUGGUUCCCACUGGGCAAUUGCUCUCUCAAUGUUGCAACUGGUUCACCACACGUGCUUCCUCCCAUGGCGAGAGAAUCUCUUGGAGUCCAUGAACCUCUGAGCGGACGCUGCAUAGCCGUCACCAAGAGAACACAGACGUGGAUGGGACCUGCACAGAUGAUCACUGAUAAAGUCAAACUGUUCUUGACGUAUCAGAUAUCUGCCUGGGUGAAGAUUGUGCCUGGAGCUGCCAGUGGUCCUCAGAAUGUGAAUGUAGCACUUGGUGUGGAUAAUAAUUGGGUGAAUGGUGGACAGGUCGAGAUCAACGACGAUAGGUGGCACGAAAUCGGUGGCUCCUUCAGAAUCGAGAAGCAACCUUCCAAGGUCAUGGUCUACAUCCAAGGUCCCGCUGGUGGUGUCGAUUUCAUGGUCGCCGGGCUUCAGAUUUUUGCUGUUGAUCGUGUGGCCAGAUUCAAGCACCUCAGAAGGCAUGCUGACAAGAUUCGGAAGCGUGACGUGACCCUGAAAUUCACAGGUGGAGACUCAAGCAGCCUGCACGGCACAUUCGUCAAAGUCCGACAAACACAGAACAGCUUCCCCUUGGGAACCUGCAUAAGCCGGACCAACAUCGACAACGAAGAUUUCGUCGACUUCUUCGUCAAGAACUUCAACUGGGCCGUGUUCGGCAACGAGCUGAAGUGGUACUGGACGGAGUCCCAGCAGGGGAACCUCAACUAUAAGGAUGCUGACGACCUGGUGGAACUCUGCCGAGCCCACAACAUAGACAUGCGAGGCCACUGCAUCUUCUGGGACGUGGACGGCACGGUCCAGCCGUGGAUCAAGUCCCUAAACAAAGACGACCUCAUGAAAGCAGUCCAAAACCGCAUCACCGAUCUCCUCACCCGAUACAAAGGUAAGUUCAAGCACUACGACGUGAACAACGAAAUGCUGCACGGUUCGUUCUAUCAGGACCGGCUGGGGAAAGACAUCCGGCCCUACAUGUUCAAGACGGCGAAUCAGCUCGACCCAUUUGCAGCCCUGUUCGUCAACGACUACCACGUGGAGGACGGGUGCGACACCAGGUCGACUCCAGAGAGGUACAUUGAGCAAGUUCUUGACUUGCAGGAGCGAGGUGCAGCAGUGGGAGGGAUUGGGAUUCAGGGCCAUAUUGACAGUCCGGUUGGGCCUGUGGUCUGUUCGGCGCUGGAUGGGCUGGGAAUAUUGGGCCUGCCGAUCUGGUUCACGGAGCUGGACGUGUCGUCGACGAACGAGUACAUACGGGCCGAGGAUCUGGAGGUGAUGCUGAGAGAGGCGUUUGCGCAUCCGUCGGUGGAAGGCGUGAUGCUGUGGGGGUUCUGGGAGCUGUUUAUGAGCAGGGAGAAUUCGCAUCUGGUGGAAGCGGAAGGGGAGGUGAAUGAAGCUGGGAGGAGGCUGCUGGCUUUGAAGAAAGAGUGGCUGUCUCAUGCUAGUGGGGAGAUUGACGAGAGUGGUGAGUUUGGGUUCAGAGGGUUUCAUGGGAGCUACCGUGUGGAGAUUGUUGGGAUGUCGAAGAAGGUGACGAAAACGUUUGUGGUUGAGAAGGGUGAUGGUGAUACUCCGUUGGUUCUGAACAUUGAUCUGUCUAGUUCUUGAAGGUGGUUGGUUUGGAUAAAAUAAAAAUACGUGUAUGAAUGACUAAAGAAAGAAGUGGGUUUGGUUUAUAUUUCCUUGCUAAUUGAUCGAAAUGUUAAUAUAGAUUUCGCUUUGUAAUAAAAUGAUUAAAAUGUUUAAAAAGCAAUAAGAGUAUCAAUAUGUAUGAUCAUAUAAUAAAAUAAUUAUUUUGCUUUUUUUUCGUCCAAAAUAUUUGCU